AAACAAAAAAUGCUAUUCUCUGGAAGAAUAGAGAUCUAGUAAAAGAUCUAGAAGAAAAAUAUGGGUAUGCAACUAAUCAAGCAUUAAACUUAGACAGAAAAGAUUUUGAGGCAAUGCAAGAAAAACUAUUAGGAGUAUCUUUAGAAAACCUAGAUAAAAUGCAUGACAUAGAAGAUGAAGAAGAAUGA